CUCUGGGCCGUGGGCAGCGCCGCCUACCAGACCGAAGGUGGCUGGCGGCAGCAUGGCAAGGGCGCGUCCAUCUGGGACACUUUCACUCAUCGGGCCCCAGCCGCCCCUUCACCUCACCCUCCCGCCACUGGAGACGUGGCCAGCGACGGCUACAACAACGUCUUCCGCGACACCGAGGGGCUGCGGGAGCUUGGGGUCACCCACUACCGCUUCUCCAUCUCUUGGGCGCGGGUGUUCCCCAAUGGUAGCGCGGGCACCCCCAACCGCGAGGGCCUGCGCUACUACCGGCGCCUACUGGAGCGGCUGCGGGAGCUGGGCGUGCAGCCCGUGGUUACCCUGUAUCACUGGGACCUGCCCCAGCGCCUGCAGGACGUCUACGGAGGCUGGGCCAACCGUGCCCUGGCCGACCACUUCAGGGAUUAUGCCGAGCUUUGCUUCCGCCACUUUGGCGGCCAAGUCAAAUACUGGAUCACCAUCGACAACCCCUACGUAGUAGCCUGGCACGGCUACACCACCGGGCGCCUGGCCCCGGGAGUCCGGGGCAGCCCACGGCUCGGGUACCUGGUGGCACACAACCUUCUUCUGGCUCAUGCCAAAAUCUGGCAUCUCUACAAUACUUCCUUCCGUCCAACACAGGGAGGGCAGGUGUCCAUUGCCCUAGGUUCCCACUGGAUUACUCCUCAAAGAAUGACUGACCACAACAUCAAAGAAUGUCAAAAAUCUCUUGACUUUGUCCUAAACUGGUUUGCCAAACCCAUAUUUAUUGAUGGUGAUUAUCCCGAUAGCAUGAAGAGUAACCUUUCAUCUCUUCUGCCUGAUUUUACUGAAUCUGAAAAAAAGUUCAUCAAGGGAACAGCUGACUUUUUUUCACUUUCCUUUGGACCAACACUGAGCUUUCAACUAUUGGAGCCCCACAUGAAGUUCCACCAACUAGAAUCUCCUAGCCUGAGGCAACUCCUCUCCUGGAUAGACCUUGAAUAUAAUCAUCCUCAGAUAUUUAUUGUGGAAAGUGGCUGGUUUGUUUCAGGGACCACCAAGAAAGAUGAUGCCAAAUAUAUGUAUUACCUAAAAAAGUUCAUAAUGGAAACCUUGAAAGCCAUCAGGCUGGAUGGGGUUGAUGUCAUCGGGUACACAGCAUGGUCCCUCAUGGAUGGUUUUGAGUGGCACAGAGGCUACAGCAUCCGACGUGGGCUCUUCUAUGUCGACUUUUUGAGCCAGGAUAAGAAGUUGAUGCCAAAGUCUUCAGCCUUGUUCUACCAAAAGCUGAUAGAGAGCAAUGGCUUCCCUCCUUUACCUGAAAACCAACCCUUAGAAGGGACAUUUCCCUGUGACUUUGCUUGGGGAGUUGUUGACAACUACAUUCAAGUAGACAUGACUCUGUCUCAGUUUACCGACCCCAACAUUUACCUGUGGGACAUCCAUCACAGUAAGAGGCUUAUUAAAGUCGAUGGAGUUGUGGCCAAGAAGCGGAAAUCCUACUGUGUUGAUUUUGCUGCCAUCCGGCCCCAGAUUGCCCUACUUCAGGAAAUGCACGUCACUCAUUUUCACUUCUCCCUGGAUUGGGCUUUAAUCCUCCCCCUGGGUAACCUGUCCCAGGUGAAUGGCACAAUCCUGCAUUACUACCGCUGCAUGGUCAGUGAGCUGGUCCGUGCCAACAUCACGCCUGUGGUAGCCCUGUGGCAGCCUGCAGCCCUGCACCAAGGCCUGCCCGCCUCUCUGGCCAAGCAGGGAGCCUGGGAGAACCCUCGCAUCGCCCUGGCCUUUGCAGAGUAUGCCAGACUCUGCUUUGAAGAGCUGGGGCACCAUGUCAAGUUCUGGAUCACUAUGAACGAGCCUUACACUCGCAACCUGACCUACGGCGCAGGGCACCACCUUCUGAAGGCUCACGCUCUGGCUUGGCGCCUGUAUGAUGAGAAGUUUAGAUCCAUCCAGAAAGGUAAAAUAUCCAUAGCCUUGCAAGCUGAUUGGAUAGAACCAGCUUGCCCUUUCUCCCAAAAGGACAAAGAAGUGGCUGAAAGAGUGUUGGAAUUUGACAUUGGCUGGCUCGCUGAGCCUAUUUUUGGCUCUGGGGAUUAUCCACGUGUGAUGAGGGACUGGCUGAACCAAAGAAGCAAUUUUCUUCUCCCUUAUUUCACUGAAGAGGAAGCAAAGUUAAUCCAAGGUUCCUUUGACUUUUUAGCCCUAAGCCAUUACACCACCAUCCUUGUUGACUGGGAAAAGGAAGAUCCCUUAAAAUACAACGACUAUCUGGAGGUGCAAGAAAUGACCGACAUCACUUGGCUCAACUCCCCCAGCCAGGUGGCGGUGGUGCCUUGGGGGCUGCGCAGAGUGCUUAACUGGCUGAAGAUGAAGUACGGAGACCUCCCCGUGUAUAUAGUCGCCAACGGGAUCGAUGAUGAUCCGCACGAGGAGCAAGACAAGCUGAGAACAUAUUACCUACAAAAUUAUAUAAACGAAGCUCUGAAAGCCUACGUACUGGAUGGUAUCAAUCUUUGUGGAUACUUUGCUUAUUCAUUUAAUGAUCGCUCCGCUCCGAAGUAUGGCUUCUAUCGUUAUGCUGCAAAUCAGUUUGAGCCCAAACCAUCCAUGAAACAUUACAGGAAAAUUAUUGACAACAACGGUUUCCUGGGCCCUGAAACUCUGGGGAGGUUUUGUCCAGAAGAAUAUACCAUGUGCACUGAGUGCAGCUUCUUUCGCACCCGAAAGUCUUUACUGGCUUUCAUUGCUUUUCUAUUUUUUGCUUGCAUUGUUUCCCUUGCCCUUAUGUUUUACUACUCUAAGAAAGGCAGAAGAAGUUACAAAUAGUCUGAACAUUUCUCCCACUCAUUUGUUUUGAAAUAAUUAUGUGCACAUAUUGGCUGUUAACCGUUUGCACCUCUUCAUGUUGUGAAACUAAAUUUCAUACAUUUGGCUUCUAGAAAAACUUUUGGUGGCAUAUGAUGGAGAUUUUGAAAUGGGUACAGGUGACCAUAAAAUCCGGAAAAGGUGAAUAUUGUCUGGAUUUCUUCUGUUUUUGAUGAUUAAGAAACUGACAGACAUCAUAGUUUCUGUAACAUUCUGUAAGUAAAGCAUGGAAAAUGGUAACCUUUGUACAGAAAUGUGCAUGACAAGAUUAGGAAUAUUUUUAUCUGUGCCCAUUUUAAAAUUUCAUGUUUAAAAUUCUUUAAGUAAUAAUGGCAAGAAUUAGAAUAAAAGGUUAAGUUCCAGUUAACUGUCUCUCAACUGCCAGCAUGGUGAUGCCUGAUAGCCAUGCCUCUUUCUAACCAAGUUUCCCAUGAACACUAUGGUGAGACAGAAGCAGGAGAGAUAGCACAGUGGCCCUAGGCUGAAACAUUCCUUUUAAAAUCUGUGUUUCUAUUGAAUGCUGCUACUAUUAAUUUAUGUAUCUGGUUAAUGAUAUACUUAGCUAAUUAUGGAGAUUUUUAUUCUGUUUUGUGUGAAUUUUUGAGGCAAUCUCUAAACCCUAAGUCAUGGGGUUUUGUCCCAUUAGAGGGCAUGUGCGUAAGAGAUUCUUACUGAACAUUUGGCAAAGAAAAAAGAAGGAACGAAUACAUGAAUCAUAAGAUGAUGGGUUCUUCAGAAAGUACAAAGCAGUUAUGAACUACUGUAGGCUGCACUGGCUUGAGGUGGAAGAAAAAGGAAGAAAUAUUCAUGAUGAACAACAUUAUGGUUAACUUGACUUUACAUUUUUUUUUUUUUAGCAGACCUUGGAAUGAAUGAGAUGAUCUUUCCUGGGGGAAUAUGGAUGAGAUAUCUCAUCCUGUGAAGAGUGACUGUUAUUUUUGUAUUUCAAAAUGUGCUGUAAAUUCUCUGAAUUGAAAAUUUUAACACAUGUUCAAAAGGAAUCAGGUCUGUUAACACUGGAAGAUUUGGUUUUGUGAUCUCUGAGCUCCACUCUCUAUUAUUUUUGUAUCUGUGGAAGUCAUUUUGAAUGAGUUUUGCACUGAAACAUGCUACUGCUUUCAAAAGAAAGGGCUAAUUAGAUAGUCCUUUUAAUGCCCUUUAAAUGUCUUGCUGAUUUUUAGAGAAGGGAGUCUCUCUAUUACACUGGAGUUGUUUUAUAGAUAAAUCAAUAUUGUAUCAGGGACGAUAAACCAGUUGUAAUAGUCAUAACUAACCUUGUUGACACAGGGUCAUAGUGUAUAAUAAAACACUGUACUGUACUAUGUAUCAUCUGAAGAGGUGGUAUUUCUCCCAUGAAAGAUAAGCAUUUAGUGGUAUUCUUUAUAAAACUGGACUUAUUAAAAUCAGACACUAGAAAAUGAUUUAUUUUAUGUAUAUAUUUUUCUGGAUGUAAGCAUAAUAUAUGUUAAUUGUAAAAACUUGAAAACACAGAAACUCGA